CCCUGCCGCCGCUCCGCGCUCCAGCGAGCGCGCCCCGGCCCCGCGCCCCCAACGGCCCCCAACCGCCGCGCAGUCCCGAGGGCGCCAUGAGGGGCCCGCGCUGCGCCCCGCUGCUGCUGCUGCUGCUGCUGCCGCCGCUGCUGCUCACGCCCCCCACCGGGGACGCCGCCGUCAUCACCGGGGCCUGCGACAAGGACCCCCAGUGUGGUGGAGGCAUGUGCUGUGCUGUUAGUAUCUGGGUUAAGAGCAUAAGGAUUUGCACACCUAUGGGCAAAGUGGGAGACAGCUGCCAUCCGCUGACUCGUAAAAACCAUUUUGGAAAUGGAAGGCAGGAAAGAAGAAAGAGGAAGAGAAGAAAAAGGAAGAAGGAGGUUCCAUUUUUUGGGCGGAGAAUGCAUCACACAUGUCCAUGUAUGCCGGGCUUAGCCUGUUUACGGACUUCAUUUAAUCGAUUUAUUUGUUUAGCCCGAAAGUAAUCACUUGAGAGUAGAAACUUUAAAUGUGAACAGCCACAUGAUGUCUGUAAAGUCUAUUUACUUGUGAUUGUGCCAAACAAAUAAUAUGCCAGAAAGAAAUGCUGUUGCUUUCUCAACUAUCCAAGUAACAUUUCUAUCUUUGAUGUUUUAAAUGACUUUUUUUUUUUAAUUGAAAGAGGAUUUUAAUUUUGGAUACGAAUGUAAAGUGCAGGGCAUUAUGGAACCGGUUCUCAUUUCCCUGUUUGUGUUUUGGUUUGGCUUAGCUCUUUUAAUGCCAAUAACUCACCCAUUUUCACAAAAAUGAGGAGAAUAAGAAUUUGAUAUUUUGUCACAGAAACGUUUUUUUCUCAAACCCCCUCCCCCCAGCCCUGCCUACCACACACACACACACACACACACACACACACACACACACACACACCCCCUCAGGUCUCUUUUCUCUCCUCAAAGAAUUUUAAGGCUCUCACUUUAUUUUUCACCAUUUCCCUCACCAGUCCUUUUGCAUUUUAAAGUGGGGGGCGGGGUUGUCCCAUCUCCUCUAAUUUGCUGGCAGAAUCACUGUUGAGAAUCAAGCUUUUUGUCUACGGCCAUACCACCCUAAACGCGCCGAUCUUGUCUGAUCUCGGAAGCUAAGCAGGGUCGGGCCUGGUUAGUACUUGGAUGGGAGCAUCAAGCUUUUUGCCUGAUACUUAAAGAGUGAAGGGUGUGUAGACACUCCAGACUUCUCCUAGACGGCGUAGAGGUUGGGGUGCUUCCAGACUUUCACGGAACCCGUGCCUUCACGUUGCUGUGGGACAGGUGUGAGUGAGUCCAGAGGGAAUGGAAAGCCAAUUUGGUCCUUAUUUCUAGGUUUGGGUUGGUUUAAAAACAAAACAAAACAAAAACAAAACAAAACACUUCCCCAAUACAACAUUACAUUUAUUUCUCUUUCUUUUUAUGAAGUUUAUUUUUUUUUAAGUCUCACAGUUAGAGAUGGUCCAGAAAAUGUCACUUGAAGAGGAAGUAUUGACUUUAUUCUGGCAUAACCCCUGUUACCAUUUUAAAAUCGGUAUUAAGUUGUAAUUUAAACUUCAUUUGUAACCAGAAGUUCUCUUAUAAUGGGUUACCUGACAUCUGCCAUGUGUACCUAUAACAAUAUUGCUGUGUAAAGAUUCUGUAUCAGAAUAAUGACAGUAUUGUAUAUCAUUUGAUUUAUUUUAAUAUUAUAUCCUUAUUUUUGUCACAGUUGUUGUCAGUUUUUAUUACAAGCAGAUUUCUAUUAGCUCACAUUCUAAAAUGGGCAAAGACCCCAGCGUUGGUCAGAUAGCACUCACAGGAUGUGCUUGUGUUCACUUUACAUACAGGAAAAUUCUGUUUGCAUGAAUUUUAAGGUCCUACAAAAAACAAUGUGUAAAUCAGUGAGGUUUUGGAACAUGAAGGAAGAUUGUGACGUGCAAAACUGGCUGUAAUCAGGAAUGGACUCCUGGGAUGUCACUGUAUUGAUUCAGCAAAUCAUGAUCCAGUGUUCAUAAUGAGUGGUUAGGCAGGAGGCUAAGUGCUAGCCGAACGGUGAUGAGAAACCUUGAAAAACCCCUCCAAAUAUUGUAAAUGGAAUCAACGUCGCAAAUAAACAACUUAUGAAAUGUG